AUGGCCGGUAUUGACGUGCCACAAGCAAUAUUCAAUCAAAUAGAUGUGAACAGAGAUGGGGUAAUUGAUCCGACGGAAUUCCACCAAUGGGCUAAUGGUGCGAAUGCCACACGAGGAGCUUCCGGCCGCUCAUUCGCAGGUUAUGAUGGAUCAUCAAAUUAUGAAGCAUCAUCAUCAUAUAGCGGUGGUCCGUUCGCUGGAGACGCAGGCUACUAUACGGCUGGCGCCAGUUUAGGUGGAACUGGCUACUCAGGCUAUGAUUCUUCAGUAUCCUACUUGAAUGGAUAUGAUGGUGGUGUCGGCUAUAAUACGUCAGCUUUAUAUGGUGGUAGCCACGAUGGAGGUUAUGGCUCUCACACAACCAGUGGCUGGGCAACAGAUGCCCAAGGUUUGUAUCAAGAUUCAAAUCCGCAAAUCAUUCGACGACCAGCACCAGGUGGAGGAGUAACAUACAAACAAAAUAUUCUUGUUCGAUUCUUACAACCACCACCAGUUCCACCUCCAGGCCCACUCAUCAUCAAAGAAGUUAGACCACCACAACCACCAGCGCCACCCCCACUUCGCAUCAGACAACGAGCUCCACCUCUUCGAAGCUUGCCUCCACUCGUUCUUCGUGAACGACCACCACUACCACCUCUACCAAUUCAAAGCCAACUAGUCAUUCGUCGUUUGGCUGCAUUACCGGUUCCACCACGUUCAGUUAUUAUUGAACGUCUUCCACCUCUUCCACCAAAACCACGUGAUGUCAUCAUCGAAAGAUGGCUCCCGUACGGACGUCGAGCACGACGCCGCGUCAUACUUCAACGAGCCGGUCCUGCAAGAUUAUACCCGCGACCAAGAAAUAUCGUCAUUCAAUAUGAACCAAUUCAAGCUCAAGUCGUCAGACAAUUUCAACGACUUGGAGUGCAAGCGGAAAAUCCCCACCAUUACGUUCAACGUUAUGGUAGUUCUCUUAGAGAUUCCUUCAGUUUGCUGCAAGAAGCGAGACACGCUGGUGUUGUCGAAGAUAUCUCACCGCCUGGAGUAGUUGGAACUGGGUAUGCAGGCACAAAUACAUAUUAUGGUGGUCUCGCCCAAACCUAUGCAGACGCUUAUGGCAUACCAUCUGUUUACGACUGGGGAACUGCUGGAGACGGCUACUAUGCAGGAUUGCAUUCUUCCCAAUCCAGAUAUGAUUCUGGUUACACCGAAGGUUACGAUGGUGGACAAUAUUUAUCGUCAUCAUUGUACGAAUCUGGAUUAUAUGGUGGCGGCAAUGGAGUAUCGUCAGCAAAUGGAUUUGAUGUUGUGAAUGCUUCAUCCCAUGCUGCAGAUACUAAUCAAGAAGGCCCAAUUGAUCAAGAGGAAUAUUAUCGACUUGCUCAACGUGGUCUGCUAUAG